AAUAUUUUUACAAUAUUUAAAGCGGUUUAUAUAUUUAAAUUCUUCAUUUAAUAAACACAAGUAAUUAAAUAAAUCAUUCCUAAUAUCACAAAUAUUUGAAUGUGGUUUUAAUAAAACAAUGUUGAGAAAAUUUUUACCGAAAGGAUUUCUUAGAAAAUUUUCAACAGGUGUCAUUGUUGUUGGUGGAGGUGUACUCGCAUACGAUGGAUAUGCAAAUCAAUUCCUUUAUACUGGCGCAUCUGUAAGAUUUCUUAGGUCGUGCAAGGUAGCUCUUGCAAUAUCAAAAGAUUACUAUUUAGCAUUACAUAAAGGGGACAAAGGUGAUACGGAAGAUUUCUUAAAAGAAGUUCAUUUAAAGAGUGCUAAUAGAAUUUUGGAAGCUUGUUUAAAUAACGGGGGUUUGUACAUAAAAAUAGGUCAAGGAGUUUCGGCAAUAAAUCACAUUCUACCUAUGGAGUACACAAAGACAUUAAGUAAAUUACAUGACAAGUGUCUACCCUCUAGCAAAGAAAACAUUCAAAAAGUUUUUCUUAAAGACUUCGGAGACGUACCUGAAAACAUUUUUGAAGAAUUUGAUUAUAAACCCGUGGCUGCAGCUAGUCUUGCACAAGUUUUUAAAGGUAAAUUAAAGUCAGGGGAACAGGUUGCCGUUAAGGUUCAGUACAACAAUUUAGAUAAGAGAUUUCCAAGUGAUGUCGGAACUUUAAUUUUUCUUCAAAACGUCAUUGAAGUAUUUUUCAAAAAUUAUAAUUUUGGUUGGAUUUUAAAAGAUUUAAGAGCCAAUUUAGAGAAAGAAUUAGAUUUUUGUAACGAAGGUGCUAACGCAGAACGUUGUUGGAAAGAUUUAAGUCGUUUCAAAAACGUAUAUGUACCAAAAAUUUUUUGGAGUUAUACAAAAAAGAGGGUUCUUACAAUGGAGUGGAUAGAUGGCUUUAAAAUAACUGAUAUAGCAUCAUUGAAAAAAAAUAAUAUUGAUCUUAAAUAUUUAGAUAAAAAAUUAUUUCAUAUAUUUUCUGAACAAAUAUUUAAUUCAGGAUUUGUGCACGCUGAUCCCCAUGCAGGGAACCUUUUUAUCCGAUCUAAAAAGCCAGGAGAUUUUGAUCUUGUUAUAUUGGAUCAUGGUCUUUAUGAAUAUUUACCAGAAAAAUUUCGUAAAUCAUUGUGUCAAUUUUGGGAAGCAGCCGUCUUAAGAGAUGAAAACACAAUGUCUCAUUCCGCAAAAGAGCUUAAUAUAAAGUAUUACAAAAACUUUGCUGAGGUUUUAUUUCAAACACCAUAUGAAAACAAAGGCGCUAAUAUUAAAACUAAAUUGACUGACGAAGAUAUAAAAUAUAUGCAAGAAAUUGCCAAAAAUAAUUUUGAUAAAAUUAUGGAAACUUUAAAAGAAAUGCCAAGGAACAUGCUUUUUGUAGUCAGAAAUUUAAAUACUAUACGAGCGAUUAGUAGAGAGCACGGGGAUCCGAUAGACCGACCCAGAAUAAUGGCGCGAUAUGCUCAAAAAUGCUUAUGGAACAGAUAUUCACUUUUUGGUUUUUUUAAGUGGGUUUGUAGACGAGCAAAAUUUGAGUUUCAGAUAAUGAAAGAUAAUCUAAAAUUGGCUGUGCAUUUAUUGUAUUUAGAUACUUUACAUAUGUUAGGAAGAUCUACAAAAAAUUCAAAGGAGAUUUUGCAAAUAGGAGAAAAAUACAGACAAGUUUAAGCUGUUUUGUCUUUCAGCAUGAUUUUGGGGUUGAAUUUUAUAACUAUAAUUUAAUUAAAUUUAAGUCUAACUGAACCGAGAAUAUUUAAAACUAAAAUUUGCGCAUUGCUCGUUUCUAUGUAAUUUUUUUUCUGCUAUACAUAUCCCUUUGUACUUUAAAUGAAAAAAUACCCAGAAUAAUAUUGCUUAUCUAAAACGACUUCAAGUGAAUUAUUGAAAAAUUAAAUACUCACGUUAGGUAAACAAUUGGCAAAAAAACUAAAUAUGCGCUAUGCAAUAUAUGUUCAUUUUAAUUCCUGCAAAACAAAUA